AUGUACGCAUGGUACGUUCCAAAAGCCUUUAUGAUAUCGCCAGUGUGGAUUGACCCAAAUUGGAUGCAUGUUAUUGUGUGGAUUGGUAAUCUCAACAAAGAUUCGAAGCUGCUCUCGGUCACAGUGAGGUCUCUUGUUGGCUAUUCGACGUACACCCCUCCGACAGCUGAUUUCAUGGAUGGAAAUCACGUGAAGCUCAAUUACCGAUGGCUAUAUCAAACUCCACAUUAUCUGACACUUACAGACAAGACUGGAAAGUAUCAAGAUUUAAUCAUGUGGAACAACAUGACACAUGCAGCGCGCGAGGCACUGGAACAUACGACAUUUUUUGGGUCCAAGGCACCAAUAAGUCGCAAAAAGUUUGAACGGUAUAUUCAACAGGCUUAUCCAUUCUAG